AUGAACACUGCCUAUGUGGCACUGCUUACUGCCCUUCGUUCAGCACCUGCCUUGGGUCUUCCUAACUACAGCCUGCCAUUCCAUCUCUGGGUGUCGGAGUCUGGGGGCGCCGCGGCUGCUGUGCUUGCCCAGUCCCACGGGGGGGGAAUCUUUCUAUCCGUCCUCACUCUGCCCUUGAUUCUGUGUCCUCUGCUCUCAUGCGCCUGCUUUCCUUCCACUUUCCUUUGUGGUUACGCUGUCUGCUCCCCUCCCUCUACUGUUGUGGAGUCCUUCUCUCUGCCUUUCUCCUCUGCUCAGGCGGCCGAAUUGUACGCUAUCACGUGCACCUGUAUUCUCUCUCAGGAUCAGAACGUUACUAUUUACACUGAUAGUCGUUACGCUUUCGGUGUCGUGCACGAUUUUGGGGGUAUAUGGUCUCAACGUGGUUUUGUCACGUCUGAUAAUAAGCCCAUUUCUCAUGCUUCGCUUAUCGAGGACCUCAUUCGCGCUAGUUUCCUGCCUUCUCGUCUGGCUGUGGUCAAGGUCCGUGCUCAUCAGCGUGGCUCCAAUCCUGACUCGAUCGGGAAUAACGCUGCUGACUCUGCCGCCAGGCGUGGCGCGCUCCAUGGGCCCCCUUGCCCGUUUCUUGACUCCUCCUCUUUCUCCUGUGCCGCUCUUACUGUUGAUUGCCUCCCUGGCCUAGAUCUGGUUGACAUCCAGUCUUCUGCCUCACCUUUGGAUAUGCAGCAUUGGCUCUCGUGCGGUUAUGACUCUGCUGUUGUGCCGUUCCGUGACGAAGCAUGAUGCUGCUGAUAAUGCUCUUUCUCUGCUCGGAAGGUGCUGGCGCCUCCCCGACGGACAAUGCCUUCUGGUAGUACGCCAACUGGACAGCUAAGCAGUAUACCAACGACUCAUGUUAUGUCUGUCACUUGAUGCCUUCUAGCGUGGACAGACACUCCAUGGUUACCUCCCCGCAGAACCAGUCAACCACAUUACGGGCAGUGGCUCAUACUUGUCUAUCUCCUGACUGUCUGAGUCUUACUCAUUUAGAUUACCCACAUGCUAACUAUUCACUUUCUCUUUCACAGGAUUUUUGUAAUAAAACUCGUGGUACCACUAAUCUGCAUACAUGUUUAUCAGGUAUACUUAUGUAUGUGCUCGCUAACCACUCCUCCAAGGGGCUACCUUUAGCCAUGUCAGCUGUAAAUAGGGCCAAAUUCCCGCUGUGCUUCGAGGGGACAGGCAGGGUUUUCCUGGGAGCCCUGUCCGCCUCCCUCUGUCAGCACAUCCUCUCUCCCUGUAACUCCACUAACUUCGCUACCUGCUCUGCCCUAGCCCCGGAUGCCCUAGGCACUACCGUUGCCUCUCCUGUUAUGGAUCGGUAUUGGGUAUGCGGAAGUCGGGUGUGUGUUUACCUCCCUGAAAAUUGGGGAGGGCGAUGUACUUUUACACUUUUCAAUUCUUCCCUGAUACUUAUCUCCCAUAAUCCUCUUGGUAAUAAGCACAUCGC